ACAAUAACAAAGGCAACAACCAGUCCAGGGAAUUGCGUUAGAUCAGUGCCCCUUUAAUUAAGUUAUUGUUUGGAUUAUUUCAACUGAAUCAAGAUGCGAUAUUUUCAGCGAAUGUCUGAAUGCCGGCAGUUAACUUUGAAGAUGGGCAGGCAACGUUUAUGGGUCACCUGCACGACGGUUUUUCAAACACUGUUUAUAAUUCACUUCAGAAAAGGAGCAUCAACAAUGGUGGACUGUCUAGGAAGCAGGUUUGCUGUAGACGAUAAGAGGCUUCAUGAAGUGUUGGACAAAGCAAGAGACUUUGCUCUCUCAACAGGAAUCAGUAUGAAGUCCCUGCAGGGAGAGAAGGGCUCCAUGCUGGCUGAGUGUGCCCCCUUCACCCUGUUCCCCAGUGUGGUGCCCCGGGCAUGCUUCCAACAGGCCGUGGACUGCAUGCUGGAUUUCAACAGACUCAUUCAUAAAGUAGCCCAUGAUCACAACUUCCUGGAAAAGUCCCUUAAGAAUGUUUUGCAGGUGGAUGACUUUACACAAGGACUGUGGAAGAUUUACACAAAAGUGAGGGGGGAGGGGUACACCCAGCCCCUGUCUUUAGGAUUGUUCCGGAACGACUUCAUGCUGGAUGUGAAGGACCCAGACCAUGUCCAGCCCAAACAGGUGGAGUUCAACACCAUAUCCUCCAGUUUUGCCGGCCUUACAACAUCCACAGUUCUUCUGCAUAGGUUUAUCCUGGACAUGAUGGGGAAGCAGUAUGAUACAGAGGAGGUCCCGGACAACGAUCCUGCACUGGGACUAGCUCAGGGCAUGGUCAAGGCCUGGGAGCUGUAUGGCCGAAAACAGGCAGUCCUACUGUUCAUUGUGAGUGAGGCAGAGCGGAACAUCUUUGACCAACGUGCCCUGGAGUUCAAAGCCUACUCACUAAACCAUGGAGUUCGGGUACUACGUCGCACGUACCUAGACAUCUACAACAACGCCUCCCUGACAGAAGAUAAGAGAUUGAUGGUUGAUGGAGAUGAAGUGGCCGUGGUGUAUCUGCGUACUGGGUAUGAGCCGGAUGCCUUCCCGACACAUAAGGAAUGGGAUGCUAGACUAAAGAUGGAACGUUCAUUAGCCAUCAAGUGUCCCUCCAUCCAAUAUCAACUAGCUGGAACAAAGAAAAUUCAACAAGAGCUGACCUUACCUGGAUCAGUGGAACAAUUCAUUAAAGACCCAGUUGCAGUGAAGAGAAUCCGAGCUACAUUUGUGAAGCUGCAUAGCCUAGAUUUGGGUCCAGACGGGGACAAGGGCGUGGAGAUAGGGAAGACUGACCCAGACAAGUACGUCCUCAAGCCGCAGAGGGAAGGGGGAGGAAACAACCUAUAUGGAAAAGACAUCAGCAAGUUCUUGGAGGCACACCAGAAAUCAGAAGAGCGAAAUGCCUACAUCCUGAUGGAGAGAAUAUUUCCCAAGUCUCAAAAGAACUAUCUUCUCAAGCCAGGGAUACCUUUUGUCCUAUCUGAUGUCAUCAGUGAACUGGGGAUAUAUGGAGUGUAUAUUGGGUCUGCAACAGAGGAAAGUAUGAACACACAGUGUGGCCACAUGCUGAGGACCAAGGUUCUAGGAACAGAUGAGGGUGGAAUAUGUGCUGGAUUUGCAGGUCUUGAUACACCGUUCCUCGUCAGCACAGAUUAGACACAAGCAUCUCCUGCAAAGUGCGGAAAAAACUGAUAAAUCUCCCAUCUCCUUGCUGGCUCACUCUCUGUAUCAUCAAAUGGGAAUCUGAUGGUCACUGGCUCACUCUCUGUAUCAUCAGUUGGGAAUCAGAUGGUCGCUGGCUCACUCUCUGUAUCAUCAAAUGGGAAUCUGAUGGUCACUGGCUCACUCUCUGUAUCAUCAGUUGGGAAUCAGAUGGUCGCUGGCUCACUCUCUGUAUCAUCAAAUGGGAAUCAGAUUGUCGCUGGCUCACUCUCUGUAUCAUCAAAUGGGAAUCUGAUGGUCACUGGCUCACUCUCUGUAUCAUCAGUUGGGAAUCAGAUGGUCGCUGGCUCACUCUCUGUAUCAUCAAAUGGGAAUCAGAUGGUCGCUGGCUCACUCUCUGUAUCAUCAAAUGGGAAUCAGAUGGUCCCUUGCUCUGUCUCUGUAUCUUUAAAUGGGAAUCUGAUGGCUGGUCUCUUAAUGUUUUUUCAUCAGUAAGCAUUUUGAAUAUUAUUAUGUUUUUGUGCCACAUUUGCAGUAGAGCAUCUCAUGUAUCUAUUUUUACAGCUGAAAUGCUUACUCAUUGAGGUGAAGGUCAUAUCUGCAUGGAAGAUUUAGGCAGUUUAGUCUGUUGUAUGGACAUUGCCCUUGUUACUAUAAGGCAGCUACUACAUAGCAGUGUAAGUGUCUCAUUUUGAAGGGCUUUAAACAGGUUGGGUAUUUUUAUGUUUUAUUAUGUUAUCCAUUCUGAAUGUUAUGUAUAUCUGAUAACGAUAACCAGAUGAAUAUUACAGAAUUAUGUUGAUGGUAUGUCAUAUAACAGGAAUGAUCUUACCUUGUAUUAAGAUAAUUGUUUCUUAUUGGUUACUGAAUGGGAAAGUUUUCCCAUGUGUGAGAUGAGGUACAAAUUUGAUAUACCAUGCUGGUAAAUGCAGAGAAAUUUAUGCCGGUAUGAUAACUUCAUGGUGAACCGGUCCUUUGGUGUGUAUAUUGUGUGAUGUACCCUGUGCGUUAGCAUACAGGAUCAGGGUACAUAGGCUCACACACAGAGUACAUGGUACAUACCCCUCGGGCUCAUGAAGACCCAGGGUAGAAUAGGUCUUCAGCAACCUAUGCUUGCUGUAAAGGGCGACUAUGCUUGUCUUAGGGGCGACUAACGGGAUCGGGUGGUCAGACUCGUUGACUUAUUUGAUGCAUGUCAUCGGUCCC